CACUGAGGAUUAGAGAAUCAUCAAAUUUUCAGAUUAAUUUUAUGCAUUAUGGUGAGAUGAAAGUUUAUACACCAGAAACCACAGUCAAGGUUUUUGACCCUCCACAGACUCUUGGAACGAUCAAUGAAGCUAUAAUGUACUUUACUAAUAAAAAGGAGGAAAUUGAAUGGCAGAUCAAAGAGAUGCAGAGUCAAUUGAUUGAAACUCAGAACAAAAUUAAGAAAGCUUACAGAAAAAUUGAUGCGACUCCUUACUACUUGCACUCCAUGAUCAUCCACAAUGGAGGCACUAAGUUCGGGCACUACUAUGCCUUUGUCAAAGAUCACGACUCGAAUGUGUACUAUAAGCUCAAUGAUGAGGAUGUCCGAGUCAUGGACUCCAGUAUCGAGAAAGAAGAAGUUGAGAGAUGCAGCAAAGGAGGAAACGGAGCUGAGAACGCAUCUUGUUUGUUCUAUGUAAACCAAGAGAUCCAUGAUAGGUUGGAGCAGAGUUCACUCAGUACAAAUGCUCCAGGAGUGAAUGAGCUGUAUAAUUCACUGGUACCUCAAGAAAUCAGUGAAAGUAUUAUUCAGAAUGAGGAAUUUCAGGCUGAUAAAAGUGCUCCAAAAAUUAUUGAUCUUUAUCGCGAAAGACUCAAGAUUGUUGACAAUUUUCACCAAAAUUGAGGGAGCCUCAAUGAAAGUUUAUCUUUGUCAAUAUUCUCAAGUUUUAGAAAUAAAGAUAAAGGUGGUGAUCCUGACUACUCUCACUUAGCAAAGUGGCUGCUCUUCAAUCAAUGAUAUCAAGAAAUAACUAGCAAAGAUGGAUAUCAGGUGCCUUUAGAAAGAAUGAGCCCACUAAGAAAGAAGCUGGAAGAGCUGAUAUCAUCAGAUAAAGACCACUUUCCAAAUAGCUUGACUCUCAUCAAAAGUGAGCGAGACAAAAUUCUCCAGACUGUAGAAAAUUAUAAGGAGUCAACAAUCACAGCCAAUAUUGAAUACAAAGUUUGUCAGGAUAUCUUGAACCAUCGCCCAGAUUUAGCUUUCCAAAAGAUAAUCAAGAGGCUCCAUGAACUAAAGGAUGUCACACUGAUGGCUUGUCUCUACCGCCUCGGUGAAAUAUGUAUGCUCAAAACGACUAUGAUGGUUAAGAAUGCAGUCACAUCUAAAGGAUCUUUUAAAAGUGCCAUUGUGACAUUGCUGCUCUCAUUAAUUCAAGCUUUCCAGACAGUUUACACUGAUUACACUAGUCUUUUCUACAAGCAGGUUAUUCUGAACUUAAAUGCUACUCUAGCCAUUGCAAGAUCUAAGAUUAUAAGUGAUGUGAAACAUUUUGAAAACUUUGUGCAAGUACUCCAGACUAAAAAUUGGUCCAAGGUUAAAAUUCAUAAGUUUCUCCUUCCACAAUACGGCGAAGAGUUAGAGGAAUCCAUUGAUAAUAUAUGAAACAUCGACUUUUUCGAUAAAUGGAAUGAUGCCUUUCUCACUGAUAACAUACAGUUUAAGUUAGCAGUGUUGUUGGAUGAACUUAUGGACAAAGAAAAAACCAUUUUUCAGAUCCAUAGAAGAUUUACAGAGAAUAGAGAAAAGGUACUACCCUCUAAGGAUUGCUUAGAGACGAAGAGAAAUGAGGUAUUAAUCUUGAGGAAUUCUGAGAACAAACUAUGCACUAAAGAAAACACUUAGAAGUGAGUAAAAUAUGCUUAUUUUGUUUCUCUAAAUAUCA